GAGUCAGUCCUUGAGGGAGCAGCUGGGGAAGACCCUGGAAGUUCUUGCACAAAGCCGGCUGUGGACAGAACAGCGCAGGCCUUGAAGGAGGCCGAGGUGGGCUGUUCUGGACAGUGAUGGACCUCCCGAGCUACAGCCUGCAUCUGCUUCAGCAGCUCCACACACUUUGCAGAGAACAGCAGUUCUGCGACUGUAGCGUCGUAGUCGGGACGACGCACUUCCGAGCGCACAAGCUUGUGUUGGCAGCAGCCAGCCUGUUGUUCCGGUCUGUGCUGGAUGGGACAGACACACUCUCCAUUGAUGCCUCAGUGGUGACCCCAGAAGACUUUGCCCUCCUGCUAGAAAUGAUCUAUACCGGCAAAUUGCCCGCUGGGAAGCACAACUUCACCACAAUCAUCUCUGCAGCAGACAGUCUGCAGAUGUUCGAUGUGGCUGUCAGCUGCAAAACUCUCUUGCGGGAUUUGCUGGGCUGUUCCGGUCAAAGGCAAGUGCUGAGGGACUCCUUGGUGCAGACCGUUGAUGCUCCCAGUCAUCGUAGCGCAGUCAUUUCUGAGGCAUCCCAUGAUGCAAAAUUCCGUGCCGAAGAGGACUCCCCUGCCCUUGCGGACUCCGCUGAACCCUCUGCAGAGCGAGAACAGAGUACGUGCUCCACUUCAGCUACUCAGCAAGAUUUAGCUGAGGAGACGCGGCUCCCCGAUCGUCCCACCGAGGGUCCUGGUGCUCUCCCGUGUCCCUGUCCAGGCAGACAGAGGAGCGUGCGUGAGGAAGGGGAGAGCCCCACGCUGCCAGAGGGGAAAGGCCUGGUGAGAGGCACAGGAAGCUCAGGAGAAGUGAUUGCUGCCACUGCUUGGCUCUGGGAAAGCAGGGAAGAGCUCGCGCAGGCCGUGACACACCUGGGGCCCCUCCGAGAGCUCCUAGACACGGCCCAGGCUGGCUUCCUCUCUGGGGCGGAAAAGCAGGCGAUACUGGAGUGCUGUGAGAGCGACUCACCCAGGGAGGCCAUGGAGAACGUGCUCAAGAAGGCGUUGGAGGAGAAGGCCCUGAGCACCGACAGUGUGCUUCAGCUUCUGGGGGCCCUGAAAGUGCCAUUCCCCAGCCUGGGUCUCCUGCUGGACAAUUCAGUGGCUGCCGCAGCUGGCUCCAAUGGCACAGCCAGGUGGGAUCUGGAAGCCUGUGGGGAAAGCCUUUUGAGGCGCCACCAAGACCACCUGGCCAAACACGUUUCGGACGCCCAGCUGUGGCAGCAGAUGCUCUUGUCAGCGCAGCACCUCGCGCCUGGGACCCGGCAGGCGAUGGAGCGGAUCGUGGCUGGCGCUGUGCAGCCUAGGCUUGCCUUCGGCGCGUUGGCCUCAGCAGCCCUGGAGGAGCAGGCCCUCCCCACUGCAGCCCUGUGGCAGGUCUUGCUGGCGGGCCAAACGGCAGAGCCCCCACUCAGGCACGUCCUGGCGGAGAUCCAGAAGGAGCCCGGGGCGGCGCUUCUUUUCCAAGCGGUCGGCUCAAGCGAGGGCAUCGCCACAGAGAUCCUGCUGAGGCGUCGGACGCUGAUCUCCGAGGCCCUCCAGCAGGGAGCUGAUCUGGAGCGCUUGCCGCCGGGAGAGGCGGACCUGGCCGCGGCCGUUCAGGAGCUGCUGAGCACUCACUUGCCAGAGGAGACCCCUGGGAGCUCCUGGGAGGCCGCUCUGAGCAGUGCCCUGGACACGCCUCUGCCUGCCGUCCAGAUCUUCCAGCUCCUCUGUGGCAUUCAGGAGUCCUUCCCAGGCCUGAGGACCGUGAUGCAGGAACUCCAGCUGGCUGGGCUCUUGACGGAAGGGGAGGGAGCCCAGGCCGGCAUCUGGAAAUGGAAGGUGAACAGCCUGUGUCAGGUGGAGACGGUGGGCAAAGCCGGGCGGAAGGCAGGCCGCAGCCGGGAGGCCCCCGUGGGGGCUGCUCCCAGGAGGAGCUUGGCCUGCCAGGCCUGCCGGAAGAGCUUCCGCUACUCCUGCCGCCUGAAGGUGCACGAGAAGCGCUGCCGCGUGGCCAAUCGGACGCUGGCGCAGUGCGCGGAGUGUGGCGAGACGCGGAGCUCCAAGGCGGCGCUGGAGAGGCACCAGUGGGAGGCCCGCCACCAGCCAGCCUCCACCGCUGCCGGCCGCCGGAAGCCGAAGAAGCGGCGCCUCCCCGUGCCCUGCGACAUCUGUGGCCGUGAGUUUGCACACACCUCAGGGAUGCAGUACCACAAGCUGACGGAGCACUUUGACAAGAAGCCCUUCACCUGCGAGGAGUGCGGUGCCAAGUUUGCUGCUAACUCCACCCUGAAGAAUCACCGGCGCCUCCACACUGGCGACCAGCCCUUUGCCUGCCAGCACUGCCGGAUGGCCUUCUCACAGGCGUCCGCCCUCGCCUACCACACCAAGAGGAAGCACGCCCAGGGGAAGAUGUACGCUUGCCAGUACUGUGCGGCUGUCUUCGCCCAGUCCAUCGAGCUCUCCCGCCACGUGCGCACCCACACGGGCGACAAGCCCUACGUCUGCAGGGAGUGCGGGAAGGGCUUCCGGCAAGCCAACGGCCUCUCCAUCCACCUGCGCACCUCCCACAACCUCGACGACCCCUACGACUGCAAGCAGUGCCAGAUGAGCUUCCCCACCCUGCAGGAGCGCCAGCGGCACGUCUACGCGGCCCACGCCAAGGAGCCCCCCCACCCCUGCCCCACCUGCGGGAAGGCCUUCAGCGCCCCCUCCCUGCUGGAGCGCCACCUGGUCACCCAUGUGGGGGGGAAGCCCUUCCGCUGCCAGGUCUGCGACAAGGCCUACCAGCAGCUGUCGGGGCUGUGGUACCACAACCGGACCCACCACCCGGACGUCUUUGCGAAGCAGAACCACCGCUCCUCCAAGUUCUCCUCGCUGCAGUGCGGCUCCUGUGACAAGACGUUUCCCAGCGCUGCAGCUCACAGGAGGCACUUCAAGGAAGAGCAUGCCGGGUCCCAGCUGCUGCCCUGCCCACACUGCUCGGCCUCCUUCCACCUGCAGGGGGUGAUGCAGCGCCACCUGGCCACCCAGCACCCUGGGCUGGAGGAGCCCUGCAGUGCUGAGCACCCCAUUGUGGGACCCGCAGAGGCUGGCCUGCCCACGGCCCACGUCAUGCAGGUCAGUGGCGCUCGGACGCAACCUGCCCCCUCCCGAUCCCCACGCAGCCAUUUUCCCUCCGUGCCUCUGCUGUGUGUCCCGGUCUUCCAGGGGCUCCGGCUGGGCCGCCUUGAUCCCCUCAAAGAUGGUGGCGGCGGCAGUGGCAGCCGCUCCAGGUGCAGGAAGGGGAAGGGAGCCGGAGCGUGACGGGAGAGGCAGGAGGGCUGCGUCUUCUCCAUGGCUCCCGAGAAGAGGCUUUGGCUUUCCCCCCUGCUAUUUUACAGCCUGAAUCGCCGCACCGACUUGUGGGGUGCUAGGAUGGAAGCCGCUCCCCAGGGCCCGUGUCUGCAGCAAGUGGGAGGGUAGCCCUUCUGAGGAGAGUCCCAAGCGCCUGCUCGUGGCGCUGCCUCUGGCCAGAGGACCAGGCCUUUUUCCUGUCUGCAUCUCCCUCGCUUGGCCUUGGGUCUUUUCCCUCCCCGCCUCCGUUUGCUCCUGGCUAGCUGGGCAAGUGAGGCUGCGUGGCUGGACUCCCACAAGGGUGGGGGAGGAAAUGCUCUUCGUUGGCAUGUCUUCAGGCAGCCUGGCCUCCUCCUCCUCCUCCCUUCCCGUUCUCAAGGCCUCCGCUGCCUCGUUUUGCCUCCUCACACCUGUCUGGGCGAAAGUGCACAUCUCAAGGCUCCCUCGGUGGAGAGAGCGGCUGCCUGAGCCUGAGAUGGGGUCAAAGGGGCUCUCCGUCCCCCCCCCCCCACCUCAAGACCCAUCUUCCCAUGGAGAACUCUCCCCCCCCCGGAGGGCUUCCUUACUGUGCCCCCCCUCUUUGUGCCAAAGGGGCCACCGGCUCACAAUUGCAGGAACAGGGAGCCCAAGCAAGAGGUGUGUUGUGGGCCACCAGAGACAUUUCUUCCCCCUCCAAAGCAGGAUACGGGUAGAACUUUCAGCGGUGCCCCCCUUCUGGCCCAGGGCUCAUGGGACUCGGGUCUCUGGCUCCAUCAGUCGGACCGAAGCGUCUCUCAGCCUGGCGUGUUUCUGCUUCCAUCACGAGACGUGGAAAGGCAGCUUCUGUUCACUGAGCGAAGGGCCGGGGGACAAACCCCAGUGGCAGAUCCUCUGCUUCCCAGGCGUACGCAACCGUAGGUUCCUGGCUGUUCACCGGCAGAACAGGAGGCAAUGGCUCCUGACCGCUGCCGUGUCCUCCAAGCACUUGGCCCCCCGGAGUACACCAAGGCUCCUGGCCCCCACGUAGUGCGUUGGGCAUGAGCCCUCCCUGACCUGUCCUUUCCCCUGGUGGGCCAAAUGGAGCCAUGUGUCAAGAGAGCCAGGCUGGGGCGGGACAGCUGCCCCUGGGGAGCGGGGUGGGGGGUUGAGCUGGAGCCCAGCCCAGCCCUUGACGGCCGCCUCUCUCCCUGCCAGGCGAUUCAGAUGCCCAGGCAAGAAGCCGUCGCCCCGGCAACACUGGAGCUUCCCGGCUCCCAGGUGUCCUUGGCGCUGCCGGAUUCCCAGG